CAGAGUUAAGACUCAGUUUUAGCCAAAAUGUCUAUGAGGUUGAACGACGAUGCUAUGCGUCAGUUCCGGGUGGCCAAGGUGUUCCAGGAGACGGACGAGCACAAGCUCUCCUUGGACUUUUCCGUGGACGGACGACGACUGCUAACCUGCGACCACGCCGCCCUCUCGAUCUUCAACUGCACUCGUCAGGCGGUCCUUUGCCAGGUGCACAUGCACCACUACCUUCCCGAGGUGGCCUGCUUCACCCAGCAGGACACUCGCGUCCUGCACUCCAGCUCAAAGCAUGACUUUUCCAUUCGUUGUCUGGAUCUGGAAGCCCGUAGUUGCGUACGUUUAUUCAGUGGACAUUCAAAGGUUGCACACAGAUUGGUCUCGCAGCCGGGAAACGAUAAUGUGUUCGUUAGCGUCGGACGGGAUGAUCAGGUUUAUGUGUGGGACUUUCGUGCCUCCACGCACAUUUAUCACCUGAAGCAGCUUGUAAGCCCGCUGUGUGCCUUUGAUCCUGCCGGCUUGGUCCUGGCCACCAGUACGGAUACGGAACGGAUCGAGAUACACGAUGUGCGGAUGCUGGGCGAGCAGCCGUGCCAGAAGUUCGUCUAUCAGGUGAACGACAAGGCCAAAUGGACGCAGUUGCAGUUUGCGCCUAAUGGCAAGAGCAUGCUGCUCGGCACGGAUCACUCGUGGUGCUUCAGUGUCUCGGCCUUCGACGGGACCUUCCAGCAGUCCUUCUCGGGCUAUUCGAAUCAGCAGAGGCAGCCGCUGGAUGCCUCCUACACUCCCGAUUCGCAAUUCAUACUUUCCGGAGCUGAUGAGGGCCGGAUUCAUAUUUGGCGGGCUGCCGACGGAUAUCCUGUGGCCGUGCUAAAAGGCAACAAUGUGGGUCCUGUGCGAUGUCUGCGGUUCAAUCCAAAAGCCACCUUGUUUGUGAGCAGCGAUCUGCUGUUAGUCUUCUGGAUGCCCAUGGCCAAUGGAGUGUACGAUUGGGUGGAUCGCUUGAAGCCAGGCGAAACGGUUUCCAUCAAGGACGAAGAGGAUCAGAAGGAGGACCAGCCCAUACAGAUUCACAAGCCCAUUUGCAUGCCCAAGCCAAAAGUGGAUGUGUAUUCGCUGAGGAAGAGGCUAAACUCCAGCAGUUUGGCAGCCAAAAAAAGAGCUUGCUCAGAGUCGGAGGAUCUUGCCAAAACCCAAAAUAAGGAGGACCUUGAGGAUGGUGAAAUAACCGAUGACUAAGAAUUGUACAGAUCUGUCCUUCGAAUAAAUAUAAGGGUUAUCAAUCAA